UGCCUGGCCUCUGAUCUUGGCCCCAACACACUUAUGGCCUCCUGGGGAUCUGCAGACCACUUGGCCUGGAUCCCCUUUCUAGCCAUGACCCUCCCACUUGUUUUUUGUCCUUAGGGGGCAGGAUCCCUCUUCCUGUGGGCUGCAGGGCUAGGGGCACUAGGCAGGAGCAGGGAAAAGACCGUAGUAGUGUCCAAGGACGCUCUCUGCCAGCCUUGCCAAGUGGCCUAUUGCCCUCUGUGACUGGCAGUGCCCACCGGAUAGGACUCUCCCUGGCCUCUGCCUAUCCUUUUUGUACUGGAGAAAUAUUUAUGAUGACACAGGUUUCUUAGAGGGAGCAGCUGGGGCUGGGGACUUUGGGACACUUUGAAGGUGGGGAUACUGAGGCCCACAGAUGGGCCAUGACUUGUCUAAGGUCACACAGAGCUGAUUAGUGCCAAUGUGGGGCCUUGAACCUUGUCUAAGGUCACACAGAACUGAUUAGUGCCAAUAUGGGGCCUUGAACCUUUGAUUGGGUUUUUUCCCUUUGGGUUCUAGAAUGGCCACUGGUCUCUCCUGAGGUUAUGUCCUGGGCAGGUAGUGUCCCUGCUGCCUGGGCCCAGUUCUCUCCCUCAGGUUUUCUUUUCUUUUUUCCUAGCAGAGAUGAGCUACACACAAUAUGAACGCAGCUCUGCCCCUACCUGAUCCCCAGCAUUGAGGUUGGGUGGCCACACCAGAGCUGGGUGGAUCAUUCCCUUCACCCCUCAGCCUGGGCGUGGGGUGGGUGGAGGCUGCUCACUCCUGACCGCCCACUCAGGACCUGCCUUCAGCCCUCUCCUGCCGUCCCCCUUCCCUCUGCCCACACUCACCAGGCUUUUCCCCAAGGCCUCAAUUGGAGGUGCCUCUGCCCCAAGACUCAAUAUUUGGCUUAUUUAUCCCUGUAAAUUAUGGAGGUUGCCUCUCCCUGUCUUCCAGGGGCGUCUAGAACUCAAAUAGAAUUUCCUCUAAUACAGAGAGCAGGGGAAUGCAUGAACUGUGCUGAGGACUUCUUAUUCCUGGAGAGAAAGAAACUUAUCUGAAGGGCAGAGGCCACCUGGGUCCCCACCCACAUGCUCCUAAGAUGUCAUGUGUAUCUUCAUUUUUACCAUCUGGCUGAUGACCCAGACCAUCCCCCAAUACCAUAAAGACUGAUGAAAUAAUAAUGAUACUCUGGGGAAUGACCGUGAACAACAAGCUCCACUCUGCCCUCGGUGCUUCACCUCUACGGUGCCUAUUCUCUCAUUAGCACUGUCAAGUUGGUGUCUCUCUCCUGUUUGCCAAAUGAGGAAACUGAGGCUUAGGGAAGUACACUCAGAUGGACAGAGGCUCCAGGUACAAGCUAGAGGCUCGACCCCAGGGAGGCUCCUUAGGAGCAGCUGGUUCCCACCUGGCCAGGGCACAGGUGGGUGGCACAGCAAAGGAGGAAUGGACUGUGGGCCACCUGCGACCCUCCAGCCCCACCUGGCUGGGCCACCUAGUACUGCCCGCCGCCCAGUAGCUGUGUGCCAGCAGGAGAGUCUGUCCUUUGUGGAGCUGCCCAGCCUGCAGCCCCUGAGCCCUGUGUGUCUGGACCUCUUCCCCGUCGCCCCGGAGGAGCUACAGGCUUCUGGCAGCCGCUGGUCCCUGGGGACCCCUGCCCCUCUCCAAAGGUUGCUAUGGCCACCAUCCCCAGGAGGCCCAGACACCACCAGUGGGGGGAUGCGGCCCAGCAGGGCAGGCAGCUGGCCCCACUGUCCUGGUGCUCAGCCCCCAGCUCUGGAGGGACCCUGGAGUUCUCAGCACACACAGCCACAGCGACGGGCCAGCCAUGGCUCUGAGAAGAAGUCAGCCUGGCGCAAGAUGCGAGUGUACCAGCGUGAAGAGGUCAUGGGCAGCUCCCAGGCCCAGGCUGUCUUCCUGGAGCCUGGGCAAGCUGCGCAAGAGAGGCAUUUGAGCGCAGAGGAGCCCAGGCCACUGGAACUGUCUGGGACUACCAGGGCUGGCCUUGAGGGGCCUGAGCGCAGGCGCUUCUCAGCCUCAGAGCUGAUGACCCGGCUGCACUCUUCUCUGCGCCUGGGGCGGAAUUCAUCAGCCAGGGCACUGACCUCAGGAGCAGCUCGGGAAGGGAAGGCAUCUGGAAGGGAGCCCAGAAGCAUAGAGAUGAGGGUGGACAGCAUUUCUCCGCCACCACCUGUUGACCCAAGCGAGAGCCACGGCGGCUUGCUGGAGCCCAGGCUGGACACGCAAGAAGGGCCGCCUCCAGAUCCUAGAAGAGCCAACGAGCGGCGGCAGUCACGAUUCCUCCUUAACUCUGUCCUGUACCAGGAAUACAGCGACGUGGCCAGCGCCCGCGAACUGCGGCGGCAGCAGCGCGAAGAGGAGGGCCCCGGGGACGAGGCGGAGGGCGCGGAGGAGGGGCCCGGGCCACCGCGCGCCAACCUCUCCCCGAGCAGCUCCUUCCGGGCGCAGCGCUCGGCGCGAGGCUCCACCUUCUCGCUGUGGCAGGACAUCCCCGACGUGCGCGGCAGUGGCGUUCUGGCCACGCUGAGCCUGCGUGACUGCAAAUUGCAGGAGGCCAAAUUUGAACUGAUCACCUCCGAAGCCUCAUACAUCCACAGCUUGACAGUGGCCGUAGGUCACUUCUUAGGCUCCACCGACCUCAACGAGUGUCUGGGGGCGCAGGAUAAGCAAUGGCUCUUUUCCAAACUUCCUGAGGUCAAGAGUACCAGCGAGAGGUUCUUGCAGGAUCUGGAGCAGCGUCUGGAGGCAGAUGUGCUGCGCUUCAGUGUAUGCGACGUGGUGUUGCAACACUGCCCUGCUUUCCGCCGUGUCUACCUGCCCUAUGUCACCAACCAGGCCUACCAGGAGCGCACUUACCAGCGCCUGCUCUUGGAAAACCCCAAGUUCCCCAGCAUCCUGGCUCGUCUGGAGGAGUCCCCAGUAUGCCAACGACUGCCCCUCACCUCCUUCCUCAUCCUGCCCUUUCAGAGGAUCACCCGCCUGAAGAUGCUGGUGGAGAACAUCUUGAAGCGGACAGCCCAGGGCUCCCAAGAUGAAGAUAUGGCCACCAAGGCUUUUAAUGCACUCAAGGAGCUGGUACAAGAGUGCAAUGCCAGUGUGCAGUCCAUGAAGAGGACCGAGGAGCUCAUUCACCUGAGCAAGAAGAUCCACUUUGAGGGCAAGAUCUUCCCGCUGAUUUCUCAGGCCCGCUGGCUGGUUCGGCAUGGGGAGCUGGUGGAACUGGCACCCCUGCCCGCAGUGCCUCCUGCCAAGCUGAAGCUGUCCAGCAAGGCUGUCUACCUGCACCUCUUCAAUGACUGCCUGCUGCUCUCCCGGCGGAAGGAGCUGGGGAGGUUUGCCGUCUUCGUCCACGCCAGGAUGGUGGAGCUGCAGGUGAGGGACCUCAGCCUGCAGCUGCAGGGCAUCCCAGGCCACGUGUUCCUCCUCCGGCUCCUCCACGGGCAGCAUGCCAAGCACCAGUUCCUGCUGAGGGCCCGUACAGAGAGUGAGAAGCAGAGGUGGAUCUCAGCCUUGUGCCCCUCCAGCCCCCAGGAGGACAAGGAGGUCAUCAGCGAGGGGGAAGACCGCCCUCAGGUUCAGUGUGUCAGGACGUACAAGGCCCUGCAGCCUGAUGAGCUGACCCUGGAGAAGACUGACAUCCUGGCAGUGAAGACCCGGACCAGUGACGGCUGGCUGGAGGGGGUCCGGCUGGCCGAUGGCGAGAAGGGGUGGGUGCCCCAGGCCUACGUGGAAGAGAUCAGCAGCCUCAGCGCCCGCCUCCGGAACCUCCGGGAGAAUAAGCGGAUCACCAGUGCCACCAGCAAGCUGGGGGAGCCGCCCGCGUGACUGGCACCCCUGGCCUGGACAGGUCAGGGGCCUGCAGUGUCUCCACACUCCGGGCUGCUGCUGCGGCUGGCCCUGCCAUCGAGGGUGCAGGCUGGACCGAGGAGUGGGGCCUCCAGAGGGUCUUCCCUGUCCUGUGCUCCUCGUGUCCACACUUCAGGGCCACAUGUGGUUCUUCCUGUGGGAUGGGGGCCAUGACAGGCGAGGACGCGGCCCUUCCCGCUGUGCCCUCCACCCUGCCCACCUCUGGGCCCCUCUGGCAGGGCGCUGGCUGAGGAGUACUCUGGUGCUGGUUGGUGGGUGCUGGGACCUCUGUGUAUCUGGAGUCUUCUCUGCCCCCUCCCCACGGCGCCAGGUUGGGGCUGGUGGCUGUGACCUGUCUCUGGAUCCUGGGAGCCUGCGCACUGCCCCCCCCCCCCCGAUUCCUGCCUGAGACCAGGAGCGCCUCUGGCUGCUUCCCCAUGGGUUUCCUUUUUCCAGAAUUCUCUGGUGAGGAGGGGGCUGGGGACAGGCGCUGCAUGGUCAGGCUGCCUUCAGCUGCCAUCAUGAAACGUUGGGUUCCAACAGCUGAAUAUUAAAGAGAUUUUAUUAGUUCUUGGA